CCAAAGUGAGAACUCUUACGUUAAAGGUUAGAGUGAAACUAAGGCAAGAUGUCUCCGUUUUUCAAGUCGUUUUUGUCAGGCAGAAGAGUUUUGGGGGCUUAUUUGCGGUAUCAUUCUUCUCUAACUGCUGAACUGAUUGAAAACAUGGAUAAGAAAGCAACCUGGGACCGCUUCUACACCGAGACCAGCAGCGGGGAAGCCCCCUUCAAAAACUUUGAGUGGUUUUUUGGUUUCGAUUCUGUCCGAGACUUCAUCAUGCCCCUCUUGCAAACUAUGUCUCGCCCAGACGCUGCGCUCCACGUGGUGGAUAUGGGCUGUGGUACGUCAGCACUGGGACCCUCUAUCUACAGGCACUCUCCUGUCUCCGUCCAUGUCACUUGUGCUGACAUUUCCCCCAUAGCUGUGAAACUAAUGCAGGAACACAUUCAAGCUAAAGCCAUUCAACCUCACAGCUGUUCUUCUCAAAUUGAGUUCGUAGAGCUGGACUGCACACAGCUUGAUAAACGCUUCAGUCCUAGUACUGUGGACCUUAUAAUUGACAAGGGGACCACUGAUGCCUUGUUAAGGUCCAGGGAGGGGAAGCGGAAUGUCAGCCUGGUCUUGAAGCAGUGUUUAAGGGUGUUGCGGAGUUCAGGGUCCUUGCUUCAGUUUUCUGAUGAGGACCCUGACUCCAGGCUUAUUUGGCUGGAGACGGCUGCACAGGAUCCGGGAGUGAUGACAGCAGAUGUUGGGGUGCAGGAAGUUGGAGAGCUAAGGGGGAUCCAUUACUACUGCUACCAGUUUCAGGAUCUUCUUUGGUGGGAUACUCCUGAACUUUGCCAACAUGCCACCCCCUGGGACAUACCAGUGGCCUUUAGUCUUUGCAUUGUUAGUCUGUGAGUAUUGAUUAUUACCACACUCCUACUGCAGU